UGAUAGUGGAUGAUCCCCAGGGAGUCCAAAAUAAUAUUUUCGACCAAUAUCGCGAGCUCCCCAACAUCAACACCUAGUUCCUCGAGAAAGCUCCUUGUUCUUUUUGGGAUAGUUCCGCGAGACCCAAACCAGAGGCCUCUCACGGUGAACUCUCUCUCUCCGAAGGUCUCACGGAAUUUCUCUUUUAGGAAAGGGAUGCAUUUGUCGUAUAUAUUCCUCUUUUCCCUUUCCACUUCACCCGCCUGAUCGAGGUCGUUGCUCUCAAAGCGGACAGUUGGAUCCGAAUUAGCGCUGUCCUUCCUGUUCUGGGAAACGCGACAAUAUCCGUAUACCUUGUAGAGCCUUCACUGUCUAUGCAAUAGACCUCGUCAAAGCAGGUGAAUUCCUUUUCUCUAAGGAGCCUCAUCACCUCGAACUUUACCCUAUGGAGAAAUAUUGGAGCUAUAUAUAUAUAUUUUUUUAUUUUAUAUUUAGUUGGCAGUGACACAAUCCUGACUGCUUAC